UCUUCCUUGAAUUAAUUUGCUCCAUAAUUUACAACUUCUCUUAAAAAUGGAGUGCAAGGUCAUUCUGAGCGAAUUCAUAAAGCCAUCUUCUCCGACGCCGGCACACCUCAGGACCUACAAACUCUCAAUGCUCGACCAGAUCAUGGAACCAUUUCUCAUCCCCAUUGUCCUCUACUUCCCUCCUUGUUCAGACACCAUUGUCAAUCACCUCGACGAUGCCUUCUCACACGUCACUCAGCAGCUGAAGCUUUCCCUUUCAUCCAUUCUAACCCGAUUCUACCCUUUCGCCGGAAGAGCUAACCAAUCCAACCAGUCCAUCGACUGCAACGACGCCGGAGUUCAUUUCACCGUUGUAAGAUAUUCCGGCCAUCGGUUGUCCGAUCUUCUUCAAAACCCUGACAAGGAUUUGCCCGAUCAGCUCUUACCUGCAAAAGUCGCCUGGCAUUCUGAAAUCGACUCGAAAUGUCUGACUCUGCAAAUUAAAGUAAGCUAUUUCGACUGCGGGAGCAUCGCCAUCAGCGCCCUCUUCUGGCACAAGCUUGUCGAUGCUCAAGCCAUGGUGAAUUUCUUGAAAGCCUGGGGAACUGCGAAUCGGGGAAGUCGAGGAGGAGCUUGUCCUAAUUACAUCUCCCAAUUUCUAUUCCCACAUAAGGAGGAAUUGCUCGACAAGAACCGCGUGUCGCAACGCAUUUUGAAUGAGGGGAAAUGGGAAACUAAGAGAUACGUUUUCGACUCCAUUGCUAUUUCUUCCCUUAAGGACAAAUCAGGUCUGAAAAACCCUACCAGGGUGGAGGCUGUCUCAGCAUUUCUCUGGAAGUGUUUCAUGGCAGCAUCCUUAAAAAAUGGCAAAUCAGCUUCAGCCCUAGCCAUCGCCACCAACUUGAGAGGACGAGCCCAGCCUCCAUUCCCAUCAGAUUGUUUCGGGAACUUCAUUUCCAUUGAAACAGAAUCCAGCAUGAAUCGACCCACAGGAGAACACACAGACCUAGCAAGAAAAUUUAGGGAUGCCAUUAGAAAAUGUAAUGGCGAUUAUAUUACAAGAAUACAAGGCGAUGGAGGGCUCCGGGGCUUAGAUGCGAAGAUGCAGUCGCUGUUUGCAGAAGUCCCAAAUGGAGCCGAUCUUCUGACAAUCUCGAGCUGGUGUCGAUUUGGCGGAUACGAGGCUGACUUUGGAUGGGGAAAGCCCCUUUGGAUGACAACAUAUUUCCAUGGAAGUAGGACUUCAAAGUACAUAAACAUUAUUGGAUUAAUGGACACCAGAAACGGGCAAGGAAUCGAAGCCUUGGUGACUCUUGGUGAGACAUACAUGCCCUUCUUCGACGCCAUUGAAGAGCUUCACGAGCUCGCUUGCGUCGAACCAAGUCCGCUGGACUACGUGCACGACAACAUGGAAUAAAUUAGGGUUUGCUCACACUCAUAGUCUAUCUUUCAUUUGCCAUUUGUUAAUUUUCUUAUUUCCUUAUUGUUUCCCUUUGUUUU